UCUCUUCUUUCUCUCUCUCGAUUAUUCUCUGUGCAUUUUUAAUUUUUCUCUUUCUGUCACCGGGGGCCCACUUUUCCCCGCCCACUCUCCUCGUUUUUUUUCGCCCGAGUCUGAGAAUAGUGGAGCCAAGAAAUAGUUAAUCUUUCCGGCUGCUGCUAUGAUUGGCCGCUGUGUGCAGCCUUCAGCCUCCUUGAAUGAGAAACAGGGGUAACCAGGCAACUUCAGAGCCGGAGAGGAGAGAGAGAAAAGAAGAUAGAGCGUUACAGGAUCUUAAAAUUAUGGAAGAAUUUUUGUAAAGAAAAAAAAAGCAAGGCAAUGUGAUUUCACCUUGUGUGUCCGGGAAAUGGAAUUAACAAAUGGAUUUUCUUGAACGCUCUCUCUCUCUCUCUCUUCCUCUCCCUCUCUCUCUCUCCCUCUCUCUCAAUGGGGGGAACAGAUAGAGCGCUCAAAUGAAGGGGACACAGAUGUGGAUUAAAACGCUUAAAUGGGACACUCCAGAGACGCACGCGCUCAGAAAAGUGCUUGGAGAGAGUGACUGUGAUGGGCUGUCGGACUGCAUGUGAAGUGCUCUCCCAAAGAAUAAUAUCCACUCCUGACCUACUCUGAAGAACAAUAUAUCUUUCAAUCAAUGCCACAGACUCCCUCGGGGGGGAAUUACACCAGAGCAAUAGGCGUACACUCGGAAAAGAGCAACAGUGGACCAUGUGAUACUUGACCUUCACGAGAGAACUCAGGUACCCUCCAGAAGAUGUCAAACCUGUUCUGAGGCUGCUCUCCAAAGCAUCCCCUCGUUCAUAAUUCAAUCAAUCUUUCACAUAUUUUUUUUAAGCAAUACUCAAACAAAAUGCGCCACAAGUGACGGAGCGUAGAUUUCAAUGCUGGGUCUUCAUUUAUUGAGGAGCACCAGGCGUCUCACCAUGGAUUUGGACGAGAUUUUCUCUACCAAAGAGUGACUGAGAGAAGGACUGGAGUGGUGGGAAGUGGACACUGGGAGUUUGGAGGAGGAUUGAUUACGUGCUGCUAACCCAUGGUGGAUCUGCUGUGAGCAGGACGAGGGACUCAGCAGUGGAGGAUGUCAGCGGAGGCCGAGAUCCAGCCGGGUGUCAAAACCAGCCAGCGAAGGGAGUCCAGGAGGGUCAAAAGUCAGGACCGCACUGAGGCGGGGCUUAUUAAGCGUUUCCGUGGAGAUGGUGUGCGCUACAAGGCCAAGCUGAUCGGGAUUGAUGAGGUGACAGCGGCGCGUGGGGACAAGCUGUGCCAGGACUCCAUGAUGAAGCUGAAGGGAAUGGCUUCCUCGGCACGUUCCAAAGGGGAGCACAAACAGAGAGUCUUCUUGACGGUCUCCUUCGGCGGGAUCAAGAUUUACUGUGAAAGAUCAGGGGUGCUCCUGCAUCACCACUCAGUCCACGAGAUCAGCUACAUCGCCAAGGACACCCGGGACAACCGGGCCUUCGGUUAUGUCUGUGGGAAGGAGGGUCACCACAGGUUUGUGGCCAUCAAGACGGCACAGUCGGCCGAGCCUCUCAUCAUUGACCUGCGCGACCUCUUCACGCUCAUCUACGAUAUUAAACAGCGGGAGGAGAUGGAGAAGAAGGCUCAGAAGGACAAACAGUGUGAGCAGGCGGUCUACCAGACCAUCCUGGAGGACGAAGUCGACGAUCCAGUGUACCAGUACAUAGUGUUUGAGGCUGGACACGAACCCCUCCGUGGCCCCCAGUCAGAGGAGAGCGUUUAUCAGGUCCCAACCAGUCAGCAGAAGGAAGGGAUCUAUGAUGUCCCAAAACGCCAUUUCAUGACUAAUAUCAACCACUUUGAUCUUUUCGGUGACAUGUCCACUCCUCCCUCGAUGCCCCCAUCACCUGCCAACACACUGGACCCCAGCAGGAGCAGCCGCCAGCAGCAACAUGCUCCUGCUGAGAUGUACGCCCCCUUCAGCCCCACCUCUGUGCCGUCAGGUUAUAUGACCAUGGGUCCCGUACAGGCGGCCCAGUGGGCACAGCAGCCGUUUCCUGGUCAGGCUCAGACUCUGGCCUUCCCCGUGCAGGGGCCCCUCCAGGUGGCUCAGGUCCUCCCCGGUGGUCAGCCGGUCAUCUGGAGCCAAGCCAACAUUUUCCCCGCCACUCAGCAGCAGUGGGCGGCCAUGGCAGCCUACAUGCCGGCCCAGACUGUGGGCGUAGGGGGGCACGCUAUACCAGCUGCCAUGCUUCAAGGCCUGGUACCCAUUACCACCAUGUGCCCUCAAGCCUGUGAUCUAUCAGCUCCCUCCUCCGCCAUCACCAGCCCUCAGCACACGGCAGACCCCACCUUGCUCCAGAGGCAGCUGAGCCUCGGGAAGGACGGCCUUGGCAUGGACUCAGAUGCAGGCGAGGGCCCCUCUACAUCAGGAGCAGCAGGGGUGGGACCUGGUUUAGGUUCAGCAGCGGUAAGCAGGUGCGGGACCCCAGGCCUCAUGAGUGUACCAGACACGCUGGUCUGCAGUCAGCUGCUGCCUCCUUCAGCUGCUGCGACCCAGGAAGAGGAGGGGAGCUGUAGUGACCUUGAUCUCUCUAGGAUGACCUUGAGCCCAGGUACAUCAACGUCACCGUCAACUGAAUCUCCAUCCACUCCCGCCCCUCAGCAGAGCUCGUCUUCAGACUGCCCCCCCUCCCAGGCCAGUGACCCCCCCACAGAUCACUCCCCUGUAGACCCUGAGGGCAACUCCAGCAACGCCAAGGAGGAACAAUCGGACUCAUCUGUUGCAAGGUCGAUCUCUCCGGUGCCGGAUGGAGCUCCUGAUCCUCCGCAGGAUCAGACGUGUCCACAGGAAGACAGCGGGAUGGAAGCUCUUGAGGCCCGGACAGAAGCUCAUGAGACAGAGAAGAAGAAGAAGAAGAAGAAGAAGAGAGAUGAAGAAGUUGCAGUCACAGCAGUGAACAACGCAGAGCCGAAUGUUCGCGAAGCUCGGUCAGUGGGAGAUCAGGUGAUAGUUCAUCCAGUGGACUGUGUUUUAUCAGAGUGGAGUGCUUGGUCACGCUGCGACACCUGUCAGAAAAAAAGAUAUCGCUUUGCCAAACUGGAACAGCCGUCUCUGUUUGGAGGACAGCCGUGCAAUUUUCACGGCAGACAGGAGGAGGCCUGUGCCGUUUCAGCCCGCUACACCUGUGACAAUGUACCAAUAUGUGAGGGAUUUCUCUGCACCCAUACAGGCCGCUGUAUUCCCAGAACUCUGCAGUGUAGCGGUGAGGAUGACUGCGGGGAUAUGUCAGAUGAAGCAGGCUGUAACAAGGUUGCCAAGCCCUGCAGGCAGGAGGUGGAAGAGUAUUGGGGAAUUGAAAAUCUUGCCAAAGGGAUUAACAUCUUGAACAGUAACCUGGAGGGAGAGGUGCUUGAUAACAGGUACUACGCUGGCAGCUGCUUGCCGUACUACAUCCAGGACGUCAGAUUCAGGAAGCCAUACAACCUCCAACAGUACACUCUACAGACAAAAGGAUCGUAUGAUUUCACCCUGCGGUCGUUUGAAACGUACUCUGACUACAUGGACUUCACCAUGAAGGAGCGCACGACAAAAGUCACUGUUUCCUUUGGCUUUGCUAUUCCUGGCAUUGCAGAAUUUGGCUUCAAUCACCAUGAUUCCAAAUACACCAAGUCUGUCCAGAAGAUUCGCCGGGCUUCUGGCCGGACUAACAGUUUUGUGAGAGCAAAAGCAGAGCUGGAGUUGGCUCAGUACAUGUUGAAGUCAGAAGGUCUGAUGCUUCAUCCAGAGUUUCUGCAGUGCCUGCGCUCCCUGCCUCAGUCCUACGUUUACGGGGAAUACAGGCAGAUUUAUAGAGACUAUGGCACCCAUUACAUCACAGAGGCCGCGCUGGGAGGAGACUAUGAGCACACCAUCAUCUUAAACAAGGAGAAGCUCGAAAAGACAGAUUAUUCCUUGGAAGACUACAAGCGCUGUACACAGUCAGGCAUUAAGGUUGGGGCCAACAUCUAUGGUGUUUAUGUGUCAGCUGGGAUUAGUGGUGGAUCCUGUAAUGGCCUGCUAAAUGAGAUGGGAGAGGACACGGUGAAUGGCAGCAUGGUGGAGGACUUUGUUGCUGUCGUAAAGGGAGGAAGCAGUCAAUCCAUCACUGCUUUGGUGUCUAAAAAACUUCCAACCCCUCAGCUGAUGGGGCUAUGGGGCGAGGGUGUGCGUUUUAACCCUGAUUUUAUUCGCACAACAACACGUCCGCUGUAUGAGCUGGUGACCUCCAGAGACUUCACCCAUCAUGCCACCAUGAAAAGGAACCUGAAGAGAGCGCUGUCUGAGUACCUGGCCGAGGCUGAUUCAUGUCGCUGUGCUCCAUGUCACAACAAUGGAAUGGCUGUGUUGAGAGGCACCAGGUGUGACUGUGUGUGUCCUGGUGGAUACAGCGGACGGGGCUGUGAGAUCACUCAGAGGCCAAAAGAUAUGGGCAUUGACGGCAGCUGGAGCUGCUGGGGUGCGUGGUCAUCCUGCAGUGGAGGAACAAUGAGCAGGAGUCGACAGUGUAACAACCCGGCACCCAGCAACGGAGGUCUGACCUGUCGAGGACUGCAGCAAGAGUCCACUGAAUGCUUUUGAUGUAACAGCCUGUCUGACAGCAAAUAAAGUUUUAUAAAAAAUCCU